UUCCUGCCUCCCACACCGCCCAAUCCGAGUCAGACUCUGGACCUUCACUCUUCUGGAGCCCUCGGUGCUGUUCAGUACUUCGCAUCAGCCCUCUGCGUCUGCUCCCAGCUUUCUCAUCGUGCAGGAGACACUGUCCCCAAGCAGCCACCAUGGAGGCCAUCAAGAAGAAGAUGCAGAUGCUGAAGUUGGACAAGGAGAAUGCCAUAGACCGCGCCGAGCAAGCGGAAGUGGACAAGAAAGGAGCAGAGGACAAAUGCAAACUGCUGGAAGAGGAGCUGUUGGGUCUGCAGAAGAAGCUGAAAGGUGUGGAGGACGAGUUGGAUAAAUACUCAGAGUCACUGAAGGAUGCACAAGAGAAGCUGGAGCAGGCUGAGAAGAAAGCCACAGACGCAGAGGCUGAAGUGGCCUCCCUGAACAGACGUAUCCAGCUGGUUGAGGAGGAGUUGGACAGGGCCCAGGAGAGACUGGCCACCGCACUGCAGAAACUCGAGGAGGCAGAAAAAGCUGCAGAUGAGAGCGAGAGAGGAAUGAAGGUCAUUGAGAACAGAGCAACAAAAGAUGAGGAGAAGAUGGAGCUUCAGGAGAUGCAGCUUAAGGAGGCCAAACACAUUGCUGAGGAGGCUGACCGCAAAUAUGAAGAGGUGGCCCGUAAGCUGGUCGUCCUUGAGGGUGACCUUGAGCGUUCUGAAGAGCGUGCUGAGGUGGCUGAGGCUCGAGUCAGACAGCUGGAGGAGGAGCUUAGACUCAUGGAUCAGAAUUUGAAGUCCAUGAUGUGCGGAGAGGAAGAGUAUUCAACAAAAGAAGACAAAUAUGAAGAGGAAAUCAAAGUGCUCACUGAAAAGCUGAAAGAGGCUGAGACUCGUGCUGAGUUUGCCGAGAGGUCUGUGGCUAAACUUGAGAAGACCAUCGAUGAUUUGGAAGAGAAACUAGCCCAGGCUAAAGAGGAGAACCUAGGCAUGCACCAAGUGCUGGACCAGACUCUAAUGGAGCUGAACAAUUUAUAAAGUGCAAAAUCUGCACCACAAACAAGAGUCUUACAUGACAUAGAGCUUUCCAGUGGAGCCCCAUGCAGCAAUCCUGUGCACACACAUCCCUCAGAGGGGUAAGGUCUUAGUAGCUUUAGUUUGAUAGCUCCAGAUGCUCUGAAAUUACACUCUGCCAUUUUAUAUGUGUAGAUAGAUUCUAUGUGGUAUAUCUCUCUCAGACACAGGCCCAUUUGAUCAAGUUUUAUGAGUAGUUAUAGAAUCAGUAGUACAUCCGUCAGUACCAGUGAAGUGACAGUGUUUGGCUUUGGGUAGUUCUGACACAUGAGACCAAAGUUACUUAUCCGUCUAAUUACUAAUAAGUGUUUGCUUCUAACCAAGGAACUGUUUACUCAUUCAUUAACAGCGAUGCUUUAACUACUCCACUGCCUCAUACCCGGUGCUUUAGUCAUUCCAGUGCUUGACCAAAUCAUAUCCAAAUCAACAGAGCGACUCGUUGCUUUGUAUUACUGGACUUCAAAUGAUUUCUUAGUUUGCUGUUUAUGCAGCAUUAAUAUGGACUGAUUCCAUGUGUGUAAACAAGGCACUGAAUUAUGAGUAAUAUUGAAUAUUUACUGAUCAUCACCAUCAAAAUGACCAACUGCUCAGUUUAAUUAGUGCUUCUCUUCAUGAAUAAUCCACCUUCGUGAAUUCAUGUGCAGUUCACACUUUCUCUACUCUACUAGAGAUGGCUAGAGGACUGGUUGAAGCACUUUUGGUGAUCUUAAGAAAUACGUUCAUUUAAUAGUUAUUAGUAGGUGACAGGACCAGAACUCCUCUCGGAGUAGACGCAAGUGCAUGUUUACAGAUGUGAAAUCAGUCUACUGAUAUGUUCACCGAAAAUGACUGUCAUGGCCAAAGUAUCAAUGCUGAUUCAAAUCACAAUCAGUUUACGCUUCACCUAAUUUUUGAUUUCUGAAUGUAGAUCGUUUUGACAGUUUGUAAUGUCUAAAAUACUUCCUGUUUCAUGGUGUUUCCCCUUCAAAUUCCUACCAUGAUGUAUUAAAACUGGUGCACAUGCCACUGAGUUACACUAUUUUUAGAAACAGGAUUUUUUUUUUUUUUAGUUGUGGGAUUUUAGAAUAAUUGAUGGGAAUGUGAUUAAUGUUUUGAACGGUUAUAGCCCAUUUUUAAAGCGUCACCUAACUAUGCAGUUGUGUAAGCUCUUUGUUAAAGAUGAUUAAAAUGUUGAAUACAGA